UUGUUAAUUAUUAAUCAUUAAAUCUAAUUAUUGUAAUAAAUAAGUCAUGGUUUGCGGCCGUUUGGGUGACUUUUGGCGCAAACCAGAACUGAUCUAUGUGGAUAAAUACGCGUACACCGGAAUAUUAUUGCUCACUCAUUUAAUCUAUGCAACUAGCUCAACAACGUUUGGGCCCACAUUCGUCGAUCUACAAUUUACCGUGGACUCUUCAAUAUCUACCAUAUCACUAUUUCCUACCGUAUUCUCCGUAGGCAACACACUUGGAACUUUAUUCGGCCUGGUAUUCAAGUACGUGAAUAGACAACUCACGCUAAUAUGUCUGCUACUAUUGAUGGCAAUCACAUCGACAGUAAUCCCAUUUACACGUGAGGUUUGGCAGCUAUUCCUGUGCGCCUUCUUCUUCGGUAUGGGUGCCGGCGCUUGGAUUACGGCAUACAAUGUAUGGCUCAUUGAGAUGUGGCAGAGAAGGGCCGGCAAAGUGCUGUUCCUCUCGCAAGUGAUGUAUGGCAUCGGUUCAGUGUUGGGCCCACUUAUUGAUGGCCCCUAUGUUACCGGAGAGCCCGCACGUAACGAGACUACCGGUGCGGUCACUAUUGAUGAGCCCAUUAUCAGUGUAGAGGACCGGAGGCAUAAACUCGCCGUACCGUAUAUGAUAAGCGGUGGCAUUCAAAUUAUAUUUCCCACAAUAUUGGUUAUCAUGUUUUUCACCCGUAAAUAUCAAUACGAUAACAUCAAACGUAUGGACAGCGGGUCCGGCGACCACACGCCAGACCCGGGCUCUGGACCUAAACUAUUUGACCGGUGCUCACAAUACCGGCGUAUAGUAAUGAUCACAUUAAUAGCCACCUGUCUAUCGGCCGUAAACUCACUCGACUUGAUAUACUUUAACUUUCUAUCAGUAUAUCUACAGUACAUACCGGCGCACAUCGACGCCACCCGCGCCGCCCAAAUGGCAUCAGCGUUGGGCACAGCGUAUACUGUGGGACAGGCCGUCAACUUUUUCGUAGCCAUGAUAUUGUCCGAGAAAAUUAUGAUUGGAUAUCAUUUUUUGAUAACCAUUGUGUCGAUUGUGGGCCUGUUUUUUGUCCAACACUCCGAUACCGGGCUAUGGGUGCUUAGUAUUGCCGUGGGUUAUGGCUUUUCGCUACUCUACCCUGGUGUUUUGUCGUACACCGGGCGGUAUAUUGAGAUAACAAAUAGGCUUGGUACAAUUUUGUGGUUCUCGUGCGGUGCUGUUCAGUUUAUACCGCCGAUAAUAUUGGUCGGCCUGGUAUUCAAGUACGUGAACAGACAACUCACGCUAAUAUGUUUGUUACUAUUAAUGGGCAUAACAUCGACGGUCAUACCGUUCACACGGCAGGCCUGGCAGCUAUCUCUGUGCGCAUUACUCUUCGGUAUGGGUGCCGGCGCUUGGAUUACGGCAUACAAUGUGUGGCUCAUUGAGAUGUGGCAGAGAAGGGCCGGCAAAGUGCUGUUUCUAUCACAAGUGAUGUAUGGCAUCGGUUCAGUGAUGGCCUCCUUUAUCGAUGGACCCUAUGUUACCGGAGAGCCCGCCCGUAACGAGACUACCGGUGCGGUCAAUACGGAUGAGCCCCUUAUCAGUGUUGAGGACCGGAGGCAUAAAGUGUCCGUAUCUUAUAUGAUAAGCGGAGGCAUUCAAAUUAUAUUUCCCACAAUAUUAUUUAUCAUGUUUUUUACCCGUAAAUACCAAUAUAAUAACAUCAAACGUACGGAUAGCGGGUCGGCCGACAACUCCAACUCAGAUCCUGGCCCAGAGCUUAAACUGUUUGACCGGUGCUUACCAUACAGGCGUAUAGUUAUAAUCACAUUAAUAGCCACCUGUCUAUCGUCCGUAAACUCACUCGACUUGAUAUUUUUUAACUACCUGUCAAAAUAUCUACAGUACAUACCGGCGCACAUCAACACCACCCGCGGCGCCCAAAUGACCUUAGGGUUGGGCACAGCGUAUACUGUGGGACAAGUAGUCAACUUUUUUGUGUCCAUGAUAUUGUCGGAGAAGAUUAUGAUUGGCUAUCAUUUUCUCAUAACCAUUGUGUCGAUUGUGGGCCUAAUUUUUGUUCAUUACUCCGACACCGGAUUAAUGGUGCUUAAUAUUACCACGGGCUAUGGUUGCCGCAGCCGAUCUCCCAUUCUCGAUGUACAGCUCGAUGAUAUCGAUCCUCUGUUUGGUGGUGUACACAGUUUUUGUUGA